UUUUCUUAGUAAGAGAUGUUAACCAUGCUUGAAUUCAAGGAUGUUUAUUUAAAUAUAAUAAACUAGAAUAUAAUGUGAUAAUGUAGUAAUGGAAAAAGUGUAUUAAUCUGUAACUAUAUAUAAAUUUUUAGAUGAAGUUAUGUUUCGUAGAAGUUGUGUUAAUGUGAACAAAAUAAUACAAAAAUUAGGUAAAAUCUAAGCAAUAAUGUUGAGAACAUUAUGUAAAUUAACUGAUACAUUUAAAAUAAAAAAGGUAGAUAUCAUAUAGAAUUUAUGGGUUCAACCACUAGCAAAAUGCUCUACAGUGACGAAAAGUAAUAUCAGAAAUGAUCUUGUGCAGUUUUCAAAAUACAAAGCUAAAAUUUUACGACUAGUUAAUACAAGUGAAUUGGACAAAUUAACACAAUUCAUGUCGGCUUCAUAUGCUGCAACAUUAAUAUCGAAGCGUACCAGCCAUGGACCUUAUAAAUCAUUCGAUGAUAUUUUAUUAAAAACUGAAAUGGAUAUUGAUAGUUGGAACAAUUUUUGUACUUUAUUCAUCGAUAAAUGCGAUAAACAGAAAUGGAAGAAGUUUAUAAAACCUGACAUAAACAUAACAGCAAUGCCAGAAACGAUACUGGGUAUAUAUGUAGGACCCACCACAAUAAAUUGGACAUUAGUAGAUCGUGAUUUUAACGUGUUAGUUUGGGAUUCCAUAAUUUGGCAGAAUAACUCUUUGAAAUAUGAUAUAAUCAACUCGGUACCACUUUUUGUCCAACAAUUACCACUAUCUAGUUCUUAUGUGAUGGAAGAAUUUAAAUAUCAUAACAAAUCACAUCAUACUUCAUUCAUGAUGCAACAUCAGAUAGCCAGUUCCAUUGCAAGCUGUAUUAAAUUAAUAAUAAAUCAAAGAACAUAUAAUUCGAAUUCAUUAACAGAUACUCUGUACAUAUUAAAAUCUUCGACGACAGCGCGUUUUUUUAAUCUUCAGCUUGCCUCUGAAGUAACAUCUGUAAACUAUGUUAUGAAAUCAAUACUAGAUGAUACCAAGACAGAUGAUGAAUGGUUAUGUGAUAUACACAUAGCCUAUAAAUUAAAAGAAAGAUAUAUGAAAAAGUUUGCAGAUGAAAGAGAACAGAUGGGCUGGUCUCUAUUGACAACUUUAGCUUGUUUUUUUAUUAUUAGAAGUCGUAUAUCUUGAUGUAUAAACUAAUUUCAUUAAUAAAAUUUAUUAUUGUUUGUUAAUUAAAUACCACAGAAAUUUUAAUAAGAAAACCACUAGGUACGAGAAUAAUAAAAAAGAGAAUGAAAAAGAAAGGAAAGAUGUUACUGUGUUACAUGUGGAACAAAUUAAGAAACAAAAUAUAACGGCUUACCUAAACAAAACCAAAUUAUAAAUGUAAAAAUCAUGUUUUUAUUAGCAGAAAGCAUUCCGUUACUUGUGUUUGACAAAAAAAUCAGAUGUAGAUUAAUUUCGUGUUAGUACACUAUCUUACAAUAUUAUUUUAUUGUAUAAAUAGAUAUAAAUAAAUUAAAUUUAAUAUAAACA